AUGAGAAGGAGCGCCCCAAGGGUGCGAGAUGAAGCUGGUUCGUCUCGUGUUCCUCGGUGCUCCUGUUACUUUGACCAUAAUAUGCUGCUGAUGGAAUGCGACUUACUCAAGGAGGAUAUGGCAUGUGUCAGUGCCCAAGUGACUUGCCUCCGGAGUGAUCUUGCUGAUGCAGAUCGCGCUGUGUCUGCCACUCAUUAUGAUGGCAUACAUGACGGAUUUAGAUAA